AUGUUGGGUUUUCUAACAGCAAGACAGGCUGGACUUGACGACCCACUUCGUCUGAGACGGGCAGAGUCAACACGGAGGUGAGUGAGGGAAUGUUGGCCAUAUCAUGCAUGGGAACACUAUUGUUACCAUUGUUUGUCGUUGUCACAGUCAAAAUUGGCCAUAUGGUACAAAUUCAUGAAAACAACCAUUUGCUUUUGGGACUUAAUUUAAGGUUAGGCAUAAGGUUAACAGUGUGGCUAGGUUUAAAGUUGUAGAUACAUUGUAUAAAUAGGCGGGGUUUGUGACUGGCUGUGGUAAUUAACUAGGUUUCCCUGUUGGGGUGUGGGGCUUAUGCCGCAUUCAAAACAACUGGGAACUCGGAAAUCUCCGACUUUAGUGCGUUCAUGGCAACUAAGAACUCGGUAAAUAAACGAGCUCCGACUGGGAAAAAUCGUUUUGCACGAUCAUCCUACUUAGAAUUCCAUGUUGGGAACUCGGGUAUCUUUCGGGCAUAUCCUACUUUCCGACCUGACGUCAUGACUCUGUCUCCUUUGUUUUCUCUUAAGGGUCCUCAAUUUAGAGCUGAAUCAUGACAGAGAUGUGGCUCGAAUCCAUAGCAACGGCAUAAACACCAUAGACAUUGAAGUCAUUGAGGGCAGAUAGUAAGUAUCAUUGGUAGUAGGUCUGACAAUAUGUCAAUUGAGGACAUUAUUUGUUAUGAUUACCAUAUAGCCUAGGCCUAUAACAUGUAACCUAAUGCUGCAUACUUCCGUCAUCACCUGAGUUCAACAUAACUUGAUACAUGAGCAACCUCCUACAACUCAACAUAGACAUGUGUUGCCUAUAUAGCACAUCUUUAGAAUCCUUCUGGUGCUAUUUCAUUGGGAGAUAACCCUCUCCCGUGUCUGUUCUGUAGCAUGCUAUCUGGAGGAGCAGAUGGUGUGAUUGUGGUGUAUGACCUGGAGAACAACAGCAGGAAACCCCAGUACACCUGUAAAGCAGUCUGCACUGUAGGCAGGUGUGUGGCUCACAUACCUGGUAGCAUCCACUAGAUGGCAGUAUCACUAUGAUAGUGUACUUCACAAAAUAUUUGUGGACGUGUGUGUGAGAGAGAAAGGCUCUGGUGUGCUGUGUGUGUGUGUGUGUGUGUGAGAGAGAGAAAGGCUCUUGUGUGUGUGUGUGUGUGUGUGUGUGUGUGAGAGAGAGAGAGAAUAGCUCUGGUGGUCACUGUGAGUGUGUUUAUGUUGCAGGUCCAGUCGGUAUGUCCACAGGUUCAGUGUAGAGACAGUGCAGUGGUACCCGCACGACACAGGCAUGUUUGUCUCCAGCUCCUUUGACAAAACCAUGAAGAUCUGGGACACUGAAACACUAAAGGUAUACCUUACAUACCUUACUCUUUGUCUCUCUCUCUCUCUGCCUCAUAUGCCCAUAUGGUGCUCUCUGUGAUGAGCUAGAAUUACGCUGUGCCAUGGUUACCUCAGAGUCAGCUAGGAGACACCAACACUUGUUUGCAGAGGGAUUUGCAUUGUAACUGUCGCUCUACUCCCCUCCUCCAGCUUCCUAGUCCCAUGCCCUGCUCUCCCACACUGCCAUGUCCUUCUCUGCUCUCCUCCACUCCCCUCCAUUCCUCUCCUCCAUUCCCCUCCAUUUCUCUCCUCCACUCCCCUCCAUUCCUCUCCCAGUCUCACAGCUGCAUCCCUAAUUUCUGUCUCCUGGUCCCAUUGUGUCAGUCAGUCACGAGUGUUCUUUCCAAUUGUACUGGCUGACUGGCCGGCUGACCGACUGACUGAACAGUGGUUUUCUAUACAUUUUUGCUCUUCCCAUCUGGUAGUGUUGUCUCUCUACAGCACAGAGAUAUCAAGUUUAUGUUCAGGUUGAACUAAAGCUGAUAGUUCCCUCUCCUUCCUGUGUGUCUGUAGCCCGCUGAAGUGUUCCAGUUUGAAGGAAACGUCUACAGUCACCACAUGUCCCCCAUUGCCAUGAAACACAGCCUCAUCGCAGGUGUGUGUGAUAGUGUGUGUGUGUGCAACAAGCUCUCACAGUCUCACGUCAGAAUUAGACGUUCAUCCAUGUUUCUUAAACAUCAAAUUUCAAAGUUGUUCCAAAAGUCACAUUUUUAAGUGUUUAUGGUUAACUAUUUUGAGUUAAUGCCUAAGGUAAGGGUUAAGGUUUGGCUUAAAAGAAACAUCUAAAAAAACUACUUUCUAUCGCUGGAUUUCGAACAUGCAACCUUUGGCACUAGAGGCAGAUGCUUACGCCCAUCCACCAUCCCUCAUCUCAGUCCAGAAUGCCCUAGCAAAACCGAAACCUACUUGAAGGUAACAGCGCUCACUGUUGCCCCUAGUGGCCGGUUUCCACAUCAUCUCCCGACGUCCUCAGACAUGGAUGGACGUCGAAUACUGACUUGUUUGUGUAUGUGUGUUUGUGUGUCAUGCGCUUAAAAUAUUAUUUACUGUCUAUGUCUUACUGAUAUAAUCUAAGAAUGAACAUAUGAGGCCUCAGUAAGUCAAACAAAAUAAAAUAAAAUGUUGAUUGUGAAACAGCUGUGUGGUACAGAGUGUAUGCCCCUAGGGGUGUCAGGGGUUGAAACUGACUCAGGAACAGUUUAGAGAGACGUGCUGUUCUGGAGACAUGACAGGAAUCCAGGCUCUGCCUCCCUGCUGACAGAGCAGGACAGACUGGGUACACAUACCUUCCCAAUGCCCACACUGCUCUCUCUCGCUCUGUUGUUCUUUGUCUCUCUGAGAUUUUCCCCGAACUCAAAACAAAAUGCCAUGAAGUCUUUCAAUUACACAUUUUACUGAUGGAGCAAUCAACCUUUUUCUGGAAAGUUCUGGUGGUGCUAGAAUUAUCAGAAUUUGACAGGCGGACCAGAAUUAUCAUUUUAUUUCUAACGGGUUUCAAACAGAUGGACCCAACCCUGGUUAUUUUGUGUCCAUCCCUGUCAACACUAGCUCCCUGACAGCUCUCAUCCCCUAUGUGAAUUAUGUGUGUUAUUAGCUCAUGUUUAUCCAAGAGUAGAACUGCUCUCUUUAUAUACACUCCUAUCUCAUCUGAGAGAACCAGGGCCUUCAGUUUCUCCUCUGUCACGAAGCGUUAACACACACAGUGAAAGUAGAUGUUUUUCUUUGUCUUAGUCAUGUACUGUAUGUAACCUCUCAAUUAAUCCCUUGAUCUGUGUGUUCUCAGUGGGUACCAAAGACCAGAAAGUACAGCUCUGUGACCUGAAGUCUGGCUCACGCAUCCAGGUUCUGCAGGGUGAGAGCCACACCCACCCACCCACCCACCCACCCCUAUGUCUUACUAUACUUGUGAGGACUUUUUGGGGACCAACAAUUGAUUCCCAUUCAAAAUCCUAUUUUCCCUAAACUUAACCCCUAAGCCUAAAACUGGCAAAAUGUCCUCACUUCUCAGAAUUUUAGUCUACUAUACUUGUGAGGACUUCUGGUACUCACAAAUAUAGUAAAACGUGUACACACAUACACACUUCCACUGACUGUCCUUUCUAUCCCACAGGUCACAGAGGUGAGGUCCUAUCUGUCCGGUGGUCGCCAAGAUAUGAGCACAUUUUAGCUACAGCCAGGUAGGCCAACUUACACCACACCUGGAGAGAUGAUCAAAUCAAAUUGUAUUGGUCAAUAUCAAUAUUUUAUUGAUACAACCACAGAUACAACUACCUUAAAGGGCCUUUAGAUAAAUGUCCCUCCCUCAUUUCACGCCCAAGUAUCAUAGAAAUGCCAAUGUAGCUAGUGAAAGUGUGAAAGGGAUUUACCUGAGCUCAUUGCUAUCUGGAAGCAUUGGCACACAGAUAGACUGUACCAGCCUCUAUUCCCUGGGAAUAACAACGCAGCAUAUGGCAGGGAGAGAGUACUCCGCUGGUUUACGCCAAAUUAGAUCAGCUAAUUAAACCAUUGGGAUCAAAUCACUGUCCCUUUGGGCUGUAAGUGAUUUGAAAAACAACUGAGCAGCAUUUCAACUGCUACUGAUAACAUGGGCAAUUGGACAGUGAAGCACACUGUCUUUGGAAAUGUUGUAUGGAGUGAGAUUCUUUUUUUAUACGGAGGGCUGUUUUGAGGAAAUGUGAGGCACUAUAGCUGGACAAUUUAAGGGACUGUGUUGCCUUGUUGUAGUGUUACGUUGUUGAUGCCCAGUGAUGUGAACCUUCAUCUGCAGACCAGUUAGGGGACAUUUCUACAUUAUAUCCCCAUAGGGCCAUAAGGGGCUGACACAUGUCCCCUGAGGGAUAGGUGAGGGAUGGAAGGCUGUUGAUUUAGGGUUCUCAUGUCUCUCUCUCUCUCUCUCUCUCACUCUCUUUCUGUUGCUCUGUCUCUCUAUUUCUCUAUCUCUCUCUCUCUGUUGCUGUCUCUCUAUUUCUCUCUCUCUCUGUUGCUCUGUCUCUCUCUCUCGCUCUGUCUCUGUCUUUCUCUCUCAGUACUGACAGCAGGGUGUUGGUAUGGGAUGUGCGUCGGGCCUCAGGGAGUCUGUUCUCUCUGGACCAACACAACGGGGACAAGUCCAAGACCUCGUCAGACGCAGGUAGGAACAAACUGUCAGACUUCCCCCCUCUCCCUGACUCCCCCCACAGCCACACAACACAUCAGACAUCUCAAGCAGAGGACCACUAAUGUAUACACCUCCAGUUUACCUCAUUGGAACAAUGCUGGUGUUAUGACACCUAUUAGUACUGCGCACACACACACACACACACACACACACACACACUGAACAGACCUGCAUAGCCAGUGCAUCUAUCUGAUGCAACAUUGUGAAAUUCACAAAAUUCACUUAUCCAUUUGUCAUCAGCAAAGCUUAGUUGUAAUAACAAGGUGUCUCACUGGAGGCGAGCUGUAGGCUACAUUCUCGAGAUGUCUGUCUGUCCUCUCCCUGCUCCCUGACCCCCUGGCUAUGAGAGAACAGCUCCUAGCUAUGGGGGGAAACCAGUUUCUACUCUACUAGCCCGGGAGCAAAUGCUUUUGCUUGCUGAUUGCUGUUUGCUAUUGAUGGAAAGAAAACUGAUACAAAGAGAGAGAAACCAUUUAAGGGUGAGAGAUGGGUAGAGAGAAAAGAGCUGGUUGGAGAGAUGUCUACGUGAUAGUGAAAGAGUGGUGACAACACCUCCUUUGGCCGCCAUUCCUUCCAGUUCUCUGCUGCCAAUGACUGGAACGAAUUGCAAAAAUCUCUGAAGCUGGAGACUCUUAUCUCCCUCACUAACUUUAAGCAUCAGUUGUCAGAGCACCUUACCGAUCACUGCACCUGUACACAGCCCAUCUGAAAUUAGCCCACCCAACUACCUCAUCCCUAUAUUGUUAUUUAUUUUGCUCUUUUGCACCCCAGUAUCUCUAUUUGCACAUAAUCUCUUGCACAUCUAGCAUUCCAGUGUUAAUACUAUUGUAAUUAUUUUGCACUAUAGCCUAUUUAUUGCCUUACCUCCAUAACUUGCUACAUUUGCACACACUGUAUAUAUAUUUUCUGUUGUAUUUUUGACUUUAUGUUUUUUACCCCAUAUGUAACUCUGUGUUGUUUUUAUCGCACUGCUUUGCUUUAUCUUGGCCAGGUCGCAGUUGUAAAUGAGAACUUGUUCUCAACUGGCUUACCUGGUGAAAAAAAAAAAAAAAAAAAAAAAAAAAUUUAUGGGGUAAAGAGAAGUGAUAAAGGGUUGAGUGACAUGAUUACCAAACGCUCUUCCCAGAUAAAACUGUGUCCUUUCCCCUUAAAUAAUAGUUACAUUAUCUCAUUGGCGUUUAAUGACGCGUGUGUGUUUGCCAGUGAACACAGCCCAUAAUGGAAGGGUAAAUGGCCUCUGCUUCACGGUGGACGGCCUCUACCUUCUCACCACGGGAACAGACGACCGCAUGAGACUGUGGAACAGCGCCAAUGGAAAGAACACACUGGUAGGUUAUGUGUGUGUGUGUGAGAGAUACAGAGAGAGAGAGAGAGAAAGAAAGAGAGGGUGGAAAAGUUGUCUGGCGGGGAUCCAAUGGAUGAGGGUGAGGACAAGGCUCUACCCCUGAUGCCCUGUGUGUGUUUGUGUGCGUGCGUGCACGUUUCCUGCCCAUCCCUGGAGGCCUUGUCUGUAACACAUUACAUAGCGCGUGUGGCUCUUCCAGGCCUUACCCUAAAUGAUCAGUAGCCAUCCCUCUCUGCGACAGCGGCCUCGGCACUAAGGGACAUCAGUGUGCCUUGUGCCUCUAACCCCAUUACCUCCCAUACAUAAACUUCCCCUCACUAACUGGGUCUGCAGGUGAAGGCCUCAAGCCUUCACAUAAAGGUCCUGUGCUGCUUUAGGUUAGGAGAAACAGGUUUGCCUGCAUGAUGACUUGAAGACAUAUAUCCCUUUCAUACACAGACCAAAAUCCCACUAAUAUACCAUGCCUGCAUUUUUAUACCAGCUUUUUCGUAUAUCUGAAAGGGGUAGGGGGUAAAACAUGGAAAAAUUGAAUAAAAGCCACCUAAAGACCUAGUCAUGAUUCCUGUAUUUUCACAGACCCUGUAACCAAAAUACAGGAAUCAGGUCUGUGUGAAUGGUGCUCUGCUUUUUGCAGGUAAAUUCAUUAACACUUCCAUUGUUUAACACCUCCCUAAUUUGAACUGCAAACAGCCUCCAUGGUUUAACAACACCCCCCAUCCCUCCCCAAUUAGACAGUUACCCACUGAAAUAAGUGGUAAGUAAGGGGCUGUAUGAAAGGGGGUCAUAUAAACAUUGCCUUAUUUUUUACAGGUAACAUACCACAUCUUCUGUCUGAAAUGGGUUAUACAGUACAUCUUUAAACAUUGAACUCGACGAAUCCGAGGGAAGCCCACUUUAGCUGGCGUAGUCCGUAUCAGUACAACACAUGUUGAGGUCUAUAUUUAACCUGGUUUCUGAAUUCCUCCAUGCUUAUGACCACUCUACAUAAUGUACUGUAGCAGUUUGAUAGUUGAAGUGCUGUUCUACUGUUAGCUUGGUCAUCCAUCCAACUGACCUUCCCAACUGCUCUCUGUCUCUCAGGUGAACUAUGGGAAGGUGAGUAACGAAAGCCGUAAGGGGUUAAAGAUCACGGUGUCUCGUGGCUGCAGCCCGGAGUUUGUGUUUGUACCUUGUGGCAGCUCGGUGGCUGUGUAUGCUCUACACACCGGGGAACUUGUGACCAUGCUGAGGGGACACUACAACAACGUGGACUGCUGCCAGUUCCACCCCGACUACCAGGUGACUGACUGACUGUCUGCCUGUCUGUCUGUCGGUGCAUCUGUCCAUCCUUUAUGGCUAUAGACUAAUAAGAAAUGACAGUGUUAUUAACGUCAUUAUGUUUGUUCAUUAUCAAUACCUUACGCAUGUUCAUGUAAAUCAGCUCAUGUGCCAUCAUAUUGUUCCUAAGUUGAGCCAAGGUCUCUGAGACGUGGGUCAUAUUCAUUAGUGCACACUGGAGCAAACCAUAGCAAAAUGUUUUGCAUUGGAAAACCUGGUAGGUCCCUCCCUGUUUCUACCCAUUUGCUUCUGUUUGGUUCCUAAUGAAUACAACCCUAGCAGACCAGAGGCCUUGAAGGCCUCCUGUACCUCACAGAGAAUCAUAACAAAUUCAUAUUCUACCCACAUUAUCAGGAUCCUGCGCGUAGAUAGCUGACGCAUUGUCAGUUUGUUAUGGUACAGUCGUCACAGAUGAUAUGAUAACCUGCCAUGGAAGGUACGGAACACUGUGGCCAUUCACUAAUGUUAAUCAGAGAAAAUACUGAAUUGAGACGGCCUCACCUCUUUUGCAUUUUCCUGUUAAUGGUUAAGGUUAGCAGGACAAGAUCUGUGAGGUGUAGUGGGGGAGUGUUUGAGGUAGGCUACAGUAGGUAACUUACCCUUGAAUAGAUUACAUAUUAAAGUCAACAUCCUCAUGUAAAGCCAUUAGCCAUGGCCUAGUCACAGGGGUAUGAAAAACAAUUGGGCCUUAAUGAUUAUAAAGGUGAAGGCCAGAAAUCAGUUUGUUCUCUUUUAUGGAGAGUUUUGUUUACUUGUCAAAGUACUGCAAUGGGAGGUUUGUUGAAGAACGGGGUAGUGCAAUGUCAUAUCAUCCGAUAACAUCUCCUUUUACCAAGGCAUGUCUUUCCUUUCUUUACUCCAACUGCUAUACCACGUAACGGCGCAUAAAUUCCCUUAUACUGCCCUACCAAGCAAAAAGGCAGUAACUGCUCAUAGCGUGGAACUGAGGAAAACGGCUUUUAUUUACCUUGGUUUCACAGUAACCUUAUGCAGUUACUGCUAACAUGACCCCCAUUUUCUCCAAAACACAAUACAAUAGAGGCAGGAUACUUGUCCACAUGAUUAAGCAUGUAUUUAAUGUAGCAAAAAUGACAUUAACUCAUUUUGGACCAAAUUUGCAGUUAGUCUUUUUGCUUGGUAGGGCAGUAUACAUGAUUAUACAGUUUCCUUAGUAUCUCAGUGUUAUGCAUAUCCUACUCAUGCACAUCACAUUUCAUAUCUCAUCACAGUAGUAUUUGUGUUAGACAUUAGUUAUGGUGUCAGAGUAUAUCCGCCUAACGUCCUACUUACUAAAGCUGUAAGAAUGUGGCGGAGCAACUAGUGUUUGUUUAUUUGGAAAGAACACAUAGUUCUGGAAUUUAUUUUUUGCUUCUUGUCUUUUUUAGUUGAAGUAGGCUAAUGCCACAUUUUACAUUUAGUCAUUUACCAGAUACUUUUAUCCAGAGUGACUUAAAGGAGCAAUUAGGGUUGAGUGCCUUGCUCAAGGGCAGAUCGACCGAUUUUUCACCUAGUCGACUUAGGGAUUCAAACAAGCGACCUUUCGGUUACUGGCCCAACACUCUUAACCGCUAGCUACCUGCCACCCACAAAUACACCUCUUCAAAUGAUUGGCAGGUUUGGACUUGAUGAACUUCUAUUGGUUGUUUUCCUGGAUGAUGAUUAUGUCAUUGUUUUGAGUCUAGUGUUUCAUAAGGUAGACACUGCUGUAAUAACUCUGGACAGGAUACUUCCCCAACAUGUUUCUUUCCACUUGACAAACUUGGCUAAUUUAGGACCAAAUGCUAACAUGUGUAUAUGGGACACAGAGAUUAAACCAAAUGGGAGUUGAGGUGCAGACAAAAUGGGUACAAGAGCAGCCAGGACCAGAGCCAUAUAUUUAGAUAAAUAUAUGGCUCUGGCCGGGACGUAAAGAGCACAGAGUAUUGAGACCCAGGCUAAAGCACUCCUCUCUUCUGCGUGUUUCCAGGAGCUGUACAGCGGAGGUAAAGACUGUAACAUCCUAGCCUGGGUUCCUGUUCUACGACCCCCAGACAUGGAAGGAGAAGGGACAGCCGCCAAGGUAGGAGGCUACACAGCAGGAAAAAUGAAAGAAUGCUCGGCCCUCCUGUAGCUCAGUUGGUAGAGCAUGGCGCUUGCAACGCCAGUGUUGUGGGUUCGAUUCCCACGGGGGGCCAGUAUGAAAAAUAUAUGCACUCACUAACUGUAAGUCACUCUGGAUAAGAGCGUCUGCUAAAUGACUAAAAUGUAAAUGUAAUAAUACGCAGGUCCCUGUUCUCAUUCUAAAAUGCUGUCACAUUAGCCAGACUAAUAGACAGGCAUCUAGUAGGACCUUAUUAUUUGAUACCAGUCCAUUUACAUUUUAGUCAUUUAGCAGAUGCUCUUAUCCAGAGCGACUUACAGGAACAAUUAGGGGUAAGUGCCUUGCUCAAGGGCACAUCGGCAGAUUUUUCACCUAGUCGGCUCUGGGACCAGUCACGACAAUGCAAACAAACUUCGCCUUUGUGCACACAGAAAUUAGAUCAUAGGGGUUGUGGCUUAUGCAGCACCUUACUAGGGUAACUCGGUACACACACACACACACACACACAGCCUCAACUUGGCUACAUUCCCCAGGUGCUGAUGAAAUUAUGUCUAUAGGCAUCUUCAGCCAGCUCCCAAUGCAGUGUCACCAGUUAUAUUUAGUUUUGGAAACAGAAUAAUAAUUGCUUGCUUGCACUUGGGAAAUGUUUGUAAUGCUUUCCUGAUUACUUAAUCGCUUUAACUCAAAACAACACGAGAGUAGAGAGUAUUUUACUGAAUGUGUUUCUCCAUCCCAGGGUGGGAGCCAGGCUAUGGUGAACCAUGCUUUUGAAGACGCAUGGAGCAGUGAUGAGGACUGAUGCAUAAACACAACCACCUGUACAGCCCUACUCCAUCGGACAUAGUGUAUAUUUCCAUUUUGUAUAAAAAGCUAAGUGUACGAAACAUUAGGAACACUUUCCUAAU